AUGAGUUCAGUGCCAGGUAACGUAAAUAGGUCCGAAGAGCAGCGGAAACGUCCCACUUUACAGAAUAUUGCAACCAAAGAGAAACCAAAAGAAAUACACACUCGGAAAUCCGAUGUACUAGAAAUAGCUGUAACAGCGAUGUCUAAGGCCAAUAGAUUAUAUCAGGACGCUAAGUUGCAGCUAGAGCAGUCUGGAAACUUAAAGACUUCCAUAAAAGAGACGGUGGUAAAUAACCUUUCUGAACUCUUUGGAAUCGUAUUACAGUUAAACGAAGAAAGGCAGACUCUACUCCUACAAUUGGAGAAAGCUCGUAUACAACUUAAAGACGAUCUACUUAGGCAAGAAAAACAGUAUGUAGAGAGCCUUAGAGCACUAAUGGAUCAGGGUAGUAUAAGAGAUAUUCAGUCUGCUCUCACCGAAACAGUGAGUGAUAUGAGAACCCUAACGGACUCAUUGAAGCACACGAUGGGCAAUGACACCAUAUUGGAUAAACAUACUUUUAUGGGCAAAUCGGAGGAUACCAGAAGGGAACUGAUGGAAAUAAAAGAAGAAUUAUCAUCCCUAAAAGACCAAAUGGGUGGACUUCGAGAGUCUUUGGUUAUAAGCGAAACAAAUGAACCCACAUAUGCCAGCAUAGCUGGUCGACCUAAGGCCAAAAUAAACAGUAAAAUGAUGGCUCCAAUGCACUCAGUUCUGAACAUGGACACCGAGGACAUCAUCUUGGCAGGGGACUUUAAUGCAAAGAGUCCUUGGUGGGGUAGCAGAGAGGAAGACAGGAGGGGAUUACACUUAUCGGAAAUGAUAGCUGAGAUGGACAUGAACAUACUAAACCAAGGAAAUGACCCUACAUUCUAUCAGUAUCGAGCUGGAAAACUCUAUAGCAGUCUGGUGGACGUAACCGCUUGUACAUCUGCGUUACUACACAAGGUAGAGAAAUGGAGAGUAGAUCCAGACUUCGUUACACUUUCUGACCAUCGAGCAAUUCAAUUCCAAAUAAAAAUUAUCAUAAAUAAACAAAAAAAUUCCUCCAGAAAGUCUACACGUCUAUUUAACACCGCUAAGGCAAAUUGGUCAAUUUUUAGAGAUGUUUUUAAAGAAGGGUUAAAAAAUGAUAAUAUUACAGAAAUAAAAGUUAAUCUGAUAAAAACAACAAAUGAUUUGGAAGACAUUUUAGAGAAAUACAUUAAACAAGUCAGCAUUGCCAGUAAAAGGGCAAUACCACCUAUCUCUAAAAAAAUUAAUACAACCUGCACUCCCUGGUGGACUAAGGAGUUAGGAGCUGAACGACGAGAUUUAAUAAGAUUAAGAAGAAGAAUAAGAUUUGCAAACGCAAGGCGUAAACCCUUCCUUAUCCAAGAAUUUACAGCAGCCAAAGAAAAAUAUGAGAAAAAAACUCUCAAUCCUGAUGAUUCAGCUAAGUUACUAGCUAAAGUAUUCUACCCUGAAGAUGAAGUAAAUAAGGACACCGAAGAACAAGGAAAAGUUCGUGAUGAAUCGAAUGCAAUUAUUAAAGAUCUAAGAUAUGACUCUAUUAAUUUUCCGAAAUUCACCGAAGAAGAAAUAGAAAUGACAGAAGAUAUUAUCAUCGGUGGCGAUGCAAAUGCCAGUAGCAUCUGGUGGGGCUGCAAAGCAGAUGACAACAGAGGAACACAGGUUAUGGAAACAUUAGCUGAACUUAACUUGGAGGUAGUUAAUACGGGAAAAAAGCCUACUUUUAGUGCAUACAGAAGAGACACCAUCUGCUCCAGCAUUAUAGACAUUACCGCCUGUACAACAUCACUAUUGCAUAAGAUUGAGAAUUGGAGAGUUGACGAUUCCUUUUGUACUUUAUCUAAUCAUAAGCCAAUUCUUUUCAAAUUUAGUACGACAACUUCAUUUAUUGAGUCAAAAAUCAACAGCACCAGGAAAUACAACACAAGGAAAGCAAACUGGAGCCAUUUCAACGUUGAACUCAAGAGGGCACUAGACAACAACGGCCUAACCAAAGAAAGAAUAGGAGUUAUUAGGACGACACAGGAGAUUGAUGAAUUCGUAAAAACAUAUACAGAAUGCAUAACAAAGGCAUGCGAUGAGACGAUUCCGAAAAUAGAACGAAAACAGUUACCAAAAGCCGCUAAAUGGUGGAACACCGAAAUUAAAGAAAAAAAGGAGAUCAUGAUCAGAUUACGAAGAAGAAUAAGGAAUGCACACCCUACAAGAAAGAACUGGGUCAUAGAACAAUAUCUCGAAGCACGAAAACAAUAUAAGGAAAGUAUAGAAGACGCCACAACCAAAAGCUGGAAAGAACUAUGCACGAACGAGCAGAAAGAAAACGUGUGGCAACGCACAUAUCGGAUAUUGAAGGUCUGUUCUAAUGUGGAGGGAGACAAACUGCUCAAAGACCAAAAUGGGACAAUCCUUUCAGAAAAAGGGUCAGCAACACUUCUAGCUGAAACCUUUUACCCCAAAGAUAAUCCAAACACCGAUACUAAGGAACAGGAUGACAUAAGAACAAAAACAAAUGAACUUAUAGCACAACUCGAAAACAAAGCAUUAGAAGUUAAGACACCAUUCGCUAGAACUGAAAUAGAUCAAAUACUAAGCAACAUGAGUCCUAAAAAAGCCCCGGGUGGUCUGGAGACUGCUGACGAGGUGCUCGCCAGAGUGAAAAAAGCGGUCGACGCCAGGGGUACUGGCCUUAAAAUCAACAAGGUUCGCAAAGCCAAAAAUCAAAAAAUUAUUUUGGGGUGUGACACCGAAGACGAGAGGAAAAAAGUUCAGCAAAGAAUUGAGAGUCGCGGGGAUGGACUCAUAGUAGAGCCCAUAAAAAACAAAGAUCCUCUCGUCAUCCUGAAAGAUGUCAUUAUAGAUAGUGAGGAUGAAGAUACAAUUAAGGCGCUUCACGCCCAAAACAAAGAUGUUUUCUUUGGCCUAAAUGAAAAGGAUAUGGAGAUGACCGUAAAAUACAAAAAACGGACAAGAAAUCCGAGGACAGUCCACAUCGUUCUACAGGUUAAGCCUAACGUGUGGCAGAGGAUGACGGAGGCUGGAGCCCUCUAUCUGGACCUUCAAAGGGUCAGAGUGGAGGACCAGUCCCCGCUCAUCCAAUGCACGAGAUGCUUAGCGUUUGGACAUGGUCGGAAAUUUUGCACCGAGAGUGUGGACAGAUGUAGCCACUGUGGAGGACCGCAUCUCCGCGAGAAAUGCGCAGACUUUUCCGCAGGGAAUGAACCACAGUGCUGCAACUGCUCACACUCUGGGUUGCGGAGGACCGACCACAACGCAUUUAGUGCUGACUGCCCGACGUUGAGGUUAAAGCGAGUCAGGGAACACGAGGCGUCCGGCGACGGUGCAGACUUCAGUGGAGCCUUCGAAGACGGACCGAGGAAUCCCUCAAGCAUACAAUCGCCGCAGCUGGAGACACUUUCAACGGCCAUCAGGACUCACAGCAUACCAACCGGAGAUCCCACAACGGGCUCUUUCUUCGCGUCCAUCGUACUCCUCGCUGCAAUUCAACCAUCGAAGAACACCAGCAGAAAUAAAGUAAUCAUGUCGGAUGUGGAGACUGCUUCUUCAAUCAAGUCCUCCCAAAACCUUUCUGUUGCUCCACCUAGACCUCCACGAUCGCUGCGGGAAAAAGUACUUACAAAAUCCAGUUUAUCAAAAGCAACACCUAGGGAGAAGUUGUCGCAGCCAUCAUCUCAUCCCGCAACAGGAAAACGUCCAGCGGACUCUGCUCCGACAGACGCAUCUACAACAAGCAAAAAUGCCUCUUCGCACACCCCCACUCUGGGAACUAAAAUGUCGCAAACUUCAGUUAAAAGCGACAGCUCGAUCCGAUCCUCCGUUUGUGACCCGGUAGAUGCGGCUAUCGACAAAGUAGCUAACUGGAAGCAGGAAGAAAUUCCUCCACUUCCAGUUUUAUCCGACGAAGAACUUUCGAUCACAUCUGCGCCGGAAUCACCACUAUCGGAGGCACCGGAAAAAGGAAGACCCAGCCUGCUUUUUAACUCCAACAGGCGACUGGGGGUGGAAAUGGAUAUGGCAACAAAAGAAGCGAACGAAAUGCUUCUGAGAGGGAAGGAAGCGCUAGAAAUGGCAGGGAAUAUGAAGAGGGAGUGUAAGUUAACAGCUUUAGAGAGUCUGCAGUCCCUCUACGAGAUGGUCCUCGCGCUGUCAGAUUCUAGAUCUAGACAUAAGCAUAAUCUAGAAAGGGAACGCUCACGCAACGCUCAAGAACUAAUGCGAGUGGAGCGCGCCCAUAACAAGAUCAUCACCCAGCUUAUGAAGGAAAUGGCUUCCGAACUAGGCCAUGCCAGGACAGAUAUAAAAAAUACCCUCCAGGAAUCCAAGGCGAUACGGGGUUGGUUGAACUUUGAAACCCAAGAGCCCUUCCGCAAAACGAGUGACCUACUCAAAGCUGUGACGGACUUAGACAAGCGCAUAGGUGUGAUCCAGUCGAACUUAAGUCAGCAGAAGCAAGAAGGUGCAGACAACAUCUUAUCUCACCUAAGAGUGGACCUUACUGGAGUAAAAUCUAGUGUGGAAACACUCAAACUUCAAUUGGACGAAAUGCGCAGAGUCAUCGAAAAGUCCGAAAACAACACCAAGAAGGUUCUGGAGACCGGCCAAAAAACCCUGCUACGCCUGGAGUCACCACCAUCCCACCUCAGAGGAAAUAAGUAA